ACAAAAUUUGCGACGCAACCUCGACCAUUCCCUUGACUUGUCCCCGACAGUCAUCAGAGACUGUCGCUCUCUCCCCAAAACCUUUGCUGAAGUCGCUCCCCCGAAAAGACAGUCACCAUGGUCAACUUCACCGUAGACCAGAUCCGUGGGCUCAUGGACAAGCCCACCAACAUCCGUAACAUGAGUGUCAUUGCCCAUGUCGAUCACGGAAAGUCCACCCUCACGGAUUCGUUGGUUUCCAAGGCCGGUAUCAUCGCCUCCGCCAAGGCUGGUGACAUGCGCUUCACCGACACAAGAGAAGACGAGAAGGAGCGUGGUAUCACGAUCAAGUCCACCGCCAUCUCCAUGUACUUCGAGGUUGAGAAGGACGAUGUAUCCGCCAUUAAGCAGAAGACCGUCGGCAACGAGUUCUUGAUCAACCUUAUCGACUCCCCGGGACACGUUGACUUCUCGUCUGAGGUCACUGCUGCUCUCCGUGUCACCGAUGGUGCUCUUGUCGUCGUCGACUGCGUUGAGGGUGUCUGCGUGCAGACCGAGACUGUGCUCCGUCAGGCGCUUACUGAGCGUAUCAAGCCCGUCGUUGUCAUCAACAAGGUUGACCGUGCUCUUCUCGAGCUCCAGGUCAGCAAGGAGGACCUCUACCAGUCUUUCCAGCGCACGGUCGAGUCCACCAACGUCAUCAUCUCGACGUACCACGACGAGGCCCUCGGUGAUGUCCAGGUCUACCCGGAGAAGGGUACUGUCGCGUUCGGUUCUGGUCUUCACGGCUGGGCCUUCACUCUCCGCCAGUUCGCCACCCGCUACGCGAAGAAGUUCGGUGUCGACAAGGAGAAGAUGAUGGGUCGUCUCUGGGGGGACAACUACUUCAACCCGGCGACCAAGAAGUGGACCACUAACGGCACCACUUCCGACGGCAAGCAGCUCGAGCGUGCCUUCAACCUCUUCGUCCUCGACCCCAUCUUCCGCAUCUUCGAUGCCGUCAUGAACUUCAAGAAGGACGCCAUCGGCCCCAUGCUCGACAAGCUUGACGUUAAGCUCGCCCAGGACGAGCGCGACCUCGAGGGCAAGCAGCUACUCAAGGUCGUCAUGCGCAAGUUCUUGCCCGCCGGUGACUCCCUCUUGGAGAUGAUUGUCAUCAACCUCCCCUCGCCCGCGACCGCUCAGCGCUACCGUGUCGAGACUUUGUACGAGGGCCCCCUCGACGAUGAGUCCGCCAUCGGUAUCCGCGAGUGUGACCCGAAGGCCCCGCUUGUCCUCUACGUUUCCAAGAUGGUGCCGACCUCCGAUAAGGGUCGCUUCUACGCCUUCGGUCGUGUCUUCUCCGGUACCGUCCGUGCUGGCCCCAAGAUCCGCAUCCAGGGCCCGAACUACACCCCGGGCAAGAAGGACGACUUGUUCAUUAAGUCCGUUCAGCGUACCGUCCUCAUGAUGGGUCGCUACAUCGAGCCCAUUGAGGACUGCCCGGCCGGUAACAUCGUUGGUCUCGUCGGCAUUGACCAGUUCUUGCUGAAGAGCGGUACCCUCACCACCUCCGAGACUGCCCACAACAUGAAGGUCAUGCGCUUCUCCGUCUCCCCCGUCGUCCAGGUCGCCGUCGAGGUCAAGAACGCUGCGGAUCUUCCCAAGCUUGUCGAGGGUCUCAAGCGUCUCUCGAAGUCCGACCCGUGUGUUCAGGCAUGGAUCAACGAGACCGGUGAGCACAUCGUCGCUGGUGCUGGUGAGCUCCACUUGGAGAUUUGCUUGAAGGAUCUCCAAGAGGACCACGCCGGUGUUCCCCUCAAGAUCUCCGACCCCGUCGUCCCGUACCGUGAGACCGUCAAGGCCGAGUCCUCGAUGGUCGCCUUGUCGAAGUCGCAAAACAAGCACAACCGUCUCUACGUCAAGGCCAUGCCCAUCGAGGAGGAGCUCUCGCUCGCCAUCGAGUCCGGCAAGGUCAACGCCCGCGACGAUUUCAAGGCUCGUGCUCGCAUUCUCGCGGACGAGUUCGGCUGGGAUGUCACGGACGCCCGUAAGAUCUGGUGCUUCGGUCCCGACACGACCGGCCCGAACUUGCUCGUCGAUGUCACGAAGGGUGUGCAGUACCUCAACGAGAUCAAGGACUCCUGCGUCGCUGCCUUCCAGUGGGCAACGAAGGAGGGUGUCUGCGCUGAGGAGAACAUGCGUGGUAUCCGCUUCAACGUCCUCGAUGUUACGUUGCACGCCGAUGCCAUUCACCGUGGUGGUGGGCAGAUCAUCCCCACUUGCCGUCGUGUCUGCUACGCCGCCUGCUUGCUCGCCACGCCCUCUCUCCAGGAGCCGGUCUACCUCGUCGAGAUUCAGUGCCCGGAGAACGCCAUCGGCGGUAUCUACUCGUGCUUGAACAAGCGUCGUGGCCAGGUCUUCUCCGAGGAGCAGCGUGUCGGCACGCCCAUGUUCACCGUCAAGGCGUACCUGCCCGUCUCGGAGUCCUUCGGCUUCAACGGCGAGCUCCGGUCACACACCGCCGGCCAGGCCUUCCCCCAGGCCGUCUUCGACCACUGGGAGUUGAUGAACGGCAGCCCGCUCGAGAAGGGCAGCAAGAUGGAGGAGCUCGUCCGCCAGAUCCGUACGCGCAAGGGUCUCAAGCCCGAUAUUCCUUCGCUCGACACCUACUACGACAAGCUGUAAAGGCCCUGCUCGCUCAUUUCUCCGUGUACGAAGGGUAUCAUGUACUGUGCCGCGCUUGACAUUUUGUUGUUUCAGUAGCUGUUGUUUCCCCUACCAUUGUUUCUUUACCUCAUUGUACGAAUACACGUCUCGCUCCGCGAGAUCAUGUAACGCUCUCCAUCUCGUGUACGAAUAACGAAAAGUUGUGAGAGAAGUACCUGUGCCGCCGUGGAUUCUGCGAAUGUUGAGGUACGCG